AUGGGUGUUAACCGCCUCGCACCGCUUCUCCUUCGCGUUUUCGGUUUUCUGCAUUCUGCGCUGCAUCUCCCAGUGCUCCUCAAGCGAUUGAAGAGUGUGCAGCAUGGGGUGAGCAGUGAUGGCGGGAGUAGAGGCGGCGGCAGUGGCGGUUGGUGGUCGUUCGGGCUGGAGUGGGAUAUAGCAGUGCCGCUGCUACGUUAUUUUUUGUCGUUUCUGCCGUUCUUGUUGCUCCUGCUAUCUUCCCUGUUACUCUUACUCACCUCUCGUAGCAGCCGUAGUGGCACAGUUUCUGCUGCUACUGAAGCUGCAAAAACAGUAUCACAGGCACGGGGCAACAGUAGUGAUGCUGCAUACGCUGCCUUGCUGCUGUUGCUUCCUGCUUCCUGCAGCAAGGAAAGCAAAAGUAGCGGGAAGAGAAGCGUUAUGCUGCUAUUGUUAAUACUGGCAACAGCUGCUAUUGCUGCGACACUUGCAGCAACAGCAGCAGACAGUCUCAAGGCAGCGGGCUGCGAAGCUCCUCUGGCUUUUGAGGGGUUCUCUGGCUUACAGCAGGAGCAACAACAGGGAACGCGAAUACAGCGGGGUCUCUAUAGCAUUCUUGAAGGCCUACGGCAGCUCCCCACAGAAUGGGAGUCUAUGGCUCCUGCUGCUAUUGCUGCAGCGCGGGGCUACGCCACACCUUAUCCUACUGCACCUGAUGCAGCACCUGCUGCUCCCGCUGCGUCGACAGCUGUCUCGGAUAUUGAGGUGCUGCUUCAAGAAGGCGCAGCAGCAGCAAAACAACUGAAGAAGAGCUGGUUGGGCGCACAGUAUGUGUUACUGCUUCAAACAGAAACAAACGUGCCGCCACCGCAAGAGCAGCAGCAACAGCUUCUGCAUGGCGAUACUCUCUGGAGACGGUCAAAGCGCUUUCUUUCCUCGGUGUUGCCGUUGCGCCGUUUGGAGAGGUGCAAAGACAGCGCAGAUAGUAGCAGCAGCAGCGGUAAUAGCAACAUUCUUUCCCAGGAAGCGAACAGCAAAGACAGUGGGGGAGAGUGUGGUGCAUCUGAACACUUCUCUUUCACGCCUAUCCCAGUCCAUGAUCCGAGUAGUUUCAAUACAGCUCAUUUUCAAAAAGGAAAGCUGCAAUUCGCAGUUACUUCCGGAAAGCAGCAGCAGGGGCUUUUACGUUGCAUGAGGGCAGUGGAGCUUGCUGCUGUAGCUUCUGCAAUUGGGGAUGCACUCGACGGUGCGCUGAAGCACCACGUGCUGAUGCAGCAAUUCGUUGAUGGCGCUUUAGAUCCGCACCAGCUGGAGCAGCAAAAGAAGCAGUUGCUGCAAAUGCAGCAUUCGUUGAUGGCGCUUUAG